GGUCGUCCGAUUGACAUCUGUAGCUCCUCGAAGGAUUGCAAUGUCCACGGCGACUAGUACGUCAGAAGAUAACUUCUUCAAAAAGAAUAAGCGUUUAAAUCGCCCAAUGUCGCCUCAUUUAACUAUUUAUAAGCCUCAGCUUACUUCGAUGAUGUCAAUCACCCAUCGCGCAAGUGGAAUGAUUUUAUCGGCAUAUGCUGCUACUUUCGCUAUAUACACCAUGUCGUCUAGUGGUACGUUAGCAGAACAUAUCGAAGUUUGGAAAACCCUUCCAGCCAUAGUACCCUUUACACUUAAAUGUGGCUUUAUUUUUCCAUUAUAUUAUCACGCGAUAAAUGGAGUCCGUCACUUGAUAUGGGAUAUGGGUAAAGGAUUCAAUCUACCGACGCUUUAUAAGACUGGCUAUACCGUUAUUGCCUUAUCCCUCUUGUUUGGUGUAGUAGAUUUAAUUCUUUAUUGAAACGCAUUAGGUUUAUACCUAAUAUUACUGUAGAUGCUUUUUUAUCGCCUGUGAUAUUUAAUCUUAUUUGACAUUUAACCUCGUCGUAACAUCAUUAUAAAUUG